AUGCAAAAUUUUGAGGGUCUGCACCACGUGGCGUUCUUCGACGCCAUAGCCAUGGAGCUCCCUGGCGAAUACGCAUCGCAGGAGGUGAACCACCUCACCCUCGCCUACUUUGCCGUUGGCGGCCUCUCCCUUCUUCGGGAGCUCGACCGGAUUAACAAGGAUGAAAUAACCAAAUGGGUUUUAUCUUUUCAAGUUCAUCCUGAGGCGAAUGAUGAUAUAGAUGUUGGGUUGUUCUAUGGAUUCUGUGGUUCUAGAUCAACUCAAUUUCCCUUGCCUAAUGUGAAGGAUCCUUGUCGCAAUGUUAGUCAUCUUGCAAGCACUUAUUCUGCCCUUGCUAUCCUCAAGAUUAUUGGCUACGAUCUAGCAAAUAUUGACUUCAAGACACUUCUAUUAUCUUUGAAAAAGCUCCAGCAACCAGAUGGAAGCUUCAUGCCUACUCAUAUUGGUGCAGAAACAGACCUUCGCUUUGUAUACUGUGCAGCUGCAAUCUGCUCAAUGCUAGAUGACUGGACAGGAAUGGACAUGUUAAAGGCAAAGGAAUACAUUCUUAACUGCCAGUCAUAUGAUGGCGGCUUUGGUAUGGUUCCUGGUUCUGAAUCUCAUGGUGGAGGAACUUUUUGUGCUGUUGCGGCUCUCCAUCUAAUGGGCUUCAUUCAAGUUGAUUUGGCAUCUAACAUAAGAGAUUCUUCGUCCAUCAACAUAUGCAUGCUCCUCGAAUGGUGUCUUCAGAGACAAGUGACUAAUGGAGGGUUUCAAGGGAGAAGAAACAAGCCCAGUGAUACCUGCUAUGCUUUUUGGGCGCAGGUGCUGUACUACGCGGUACUGACGCUGCGAGAGAGCGGGCACAAGGCCGUCUACGCCGCCGUCGAGAGGCCGCUACAGUUCGCGCAGACAGCAGCCAUCAUGGAGAUUCUUCAUGGGCUCGUAGGGUUGGUGAGGUCUCCGGUCUCGGCAACUCUUCCACAGAUUGGAUCCAGGUUGUUCCUUACGUGGGGUGUCUUGUGGAGUUUUCCUGAGACCCAGUCACAUCUUCUUGUUACUACCCUGGUCAUAAGCUGGUCUAUCACUGAGAUCAUCAGAUACUCUUUCUUUGGAAUGAAGGAGGCAUUUGGCUUUGUUAGAACCAAAACACGUGUUUGGGGCUGA